AUGAGGAGACUUCCGUGGGACAAUCCAGAGAUAGCAUUCUAUUCCACCAAGUGUCUGAUUGCCGUCUGGAAUGUCCGAUACAACUCCAUUCACUGCGCUGCCAAUCUAUUGGCCGGUCUGGCCCCGUACCAUGAACACAUAGCUAUCCAGGUGGUGGACGGGGUGCUAGAAGACAUCAGGCUGGGUAUGGAGGUGAAUCACCCGAAGUACAACCAGCGGCGUGUGAGCGGAGUCAAGUACCUGGGGGAGCUGUACAAUUACCGCAUGCUGGAGUCGGCCGUCGUCUUCAAGACACUCUACUCCUUCAUCACCUUCGGCGUCGUUAUGGAUGAUAGCGGCGUCUCCCCCUUGGACCCCCCGGAGCACCUGUUCCGUAUCCGCCUGGUCUGUGUGCUGCUGGAGACCUGCGGGACCUACUUUGACAAGGGCUCCAGUAAGAAGAAGCUCGACUGCUUCCUGGCAUACUUCCAGCGUUACUACUGGUUCAAGAGGAGUAACCCUAUAUACACCGAGGCCCGCCCCUUCCCUGUGGACGUUGAGAACCUGAUGAUUGACACCAUGGAGUGUAUACGACCCAAAAUGAGGCUCCACCCGAACUACGAGGAGGCAUGCAAGGCUGUGGAGGAGCUAGAAAAUGAGUACAAACAGAAAGUUGCGUCAGUGUUGACCAUCAUAGAGACGGACCAGGAGGGCAGUGCUAGUGAGACGGAGGAGGGACUGGGCACCAUCCAGGAGGCAGAGGAAUACGGGGAGGAUCUGAGUUUGAGUGGACUGGACGAGAGUGAGACGAGUCAGGAGGAGACGAGUCAGAGGAGCACUGAGGACCAGGGAGAGGAGGGAGGCGAGAGCUGUAAUGAGGAAGAUGACGAGGAUGUGAUGGAGAGUGCGGGCGAGAAUGAAGAGGAUGACCAGUUGACAAUCAUGAAGGGUGGACCUAAGCACAUCAAAUGUAGUGAGGAUGAAGAUUUCAUGACGGCCUUUGAUAAAAUGAUGACCGAGAACAUUCAGGCUCGUACCAACGAAUCCUUGAAGGUGCCUCAGCUGGACAUUGCUGUACCCAUGAACCUCAAAGACAAGAGCAAGAAAACAGUGAGUGUCAAUUUGUAUCCCAUGAAAGAAGAGGAAGUGCCAAAGGAAGAGGACCGGUCUAUUGAGUUUGUUCUGAUGACCAGGCGAGGGAACAGGCAGCAUUUUACCAAUCUGAAUGUUCCAAUAUCAGAAGAAUUUGCUACCAAAUACAGAGAAAGAGAGCAGGCAGAAAAGGCAGAGAAAGAGAAGAUGAAGCAGGUGGUGCUAGGAAUCCAUGAGAGACAGGAAGAGGAGGAUUACCAAGAGAUGAUAGCGUCCUUGAAUCGUGUGAUGCCGGUGAACACUAACCGAGAGAGGAGGGUGAGGUACCAGCACCCUAAGGGCGCCCCGGACGCCGACCUCAUCUUUGGAUCCAAAAAAAGAUGAAGGAAAGAGAAAAGAGAGCCCUUCCCAAAACAGGGCAGUAGUCAGGAAGUGAAACGCCUCGACCAGAGGCCUCGGGCAAAUUCCAAAUAAACCAGCAGGGGGACUUAACUCCUACAUUAGAUUCAAUCAGAAAUUAAUGUACAAAAUCUACGAUUGAGGGCUACAGGUGUUAUCGCGAUGAAUUGUGUUGUGGUGGGAGGGACAUAAUCACAGAGUCUGAUUUCUGAAUGAAUGCUUGCCAUGUGUUGUGUACAAUAUUAUAGGAUUCUCGGACUGUGUGAAUGACAAUAUAAGAUAUAUAUAAUCAUGUGUAUGUGUCUGUGUGUUACAGCUUCUCUUGUCCUCCAAAAGAUUCCUAAGGUGUAUAAUCGAAGAAAUAUUAUUUACAUGAUGAAUUUCUCUGAUUGUACUUUGGAAGAUAAAAACAAGUUUACUUUACAGUGAACUGUACAUCCUACAAGUAGCUAAAUUAAUAUGGAUUACCGGUAGUUCAUUAAUGACAUACAUUUGUAUCAAAUAUGGAUGGCGGUUUUGUUGAGUAUGUACGGUACAUAUUUUUCGCUGCUUUGUUUUCAUUGUGUAAAUGCAAUUACGAAGAAGUUGACAUGUUUCCUUGGUGAUAGAAUUGCGUGGCAUCUGAUUUAUUGGAAAAGUUUGAAUACAUGUAUAGACUUGCUGAGCAGGUACGAGUUAUUGGCAGAUGUAUUGGUUAUUCUGAUUUACCACUCAAAAGGUUGUUUUUGUUGCUUCAUGAAUGGAGAGAAAAACUAUACUCUCUUCAUUAACUGUUACAAUGGGUGAAAUAAAGAAAGCUCAUAAAUGUCAAA